AGAUAUAUAACAGGAGAAACAUUAGCUCCCUUUUUUUCUUUUCAGUAUAGUGCAGUGGACACAAAUCCUUUAUCUGUAUAUGUAUUGCAACAUGUAUGGAAUAAAAUUGUACAGAUAGUGCCUCUUUGGAUUGCUCCAAACAUAUUAACUUUCUCUGGAUUUUUGAUGAUAUUAGUUAAUUAUAUGUUAUUAUCUUAUUAUGACUGGAAUUAUACAGCGUCAGGUAUUGGCAAUCAGCAUAUUCCAAACUGGAUUUGGAUCUCUGCAGCUUUGGGAAACUUUUUGGCUUAUGCCCUAGAUUCAAUUGAUGGGAAGCAUGCCAGAAGGACUCAGUCCAGCAGCCCAUUGGGGGAGUUAUUUGACCACGGGCUUGACAGCUGGACAGCGUCUAUCUUUCCACUAUCUUUGUUCUCAAUAUUUGGAUGUGAUUCAGGAGUAGCAGGAUUAACACCCAUGAAGAUGUAUUUAGUCACCAGUGUUGUACUCUUCUCCUUUAUGUUAUCACACUGGGAAAAAUACAACACAGGAAUGCUCUUUCUACCAUGGGCAUAUGAUAUCAGCCAGUUGUCAAUGACAUGUGUGUACAUUUUGACUGCUGUAGUUGGAGUAGAUGCAUUUCACAAACCAGUAAUUCCUCAUUUAUAUAUGCCUGACAUAUUAAUUACAUUCCUUGUAGGAUGCAGUUUACUUAUCAGCUUUCCUCAGACCAUGUACAAUAUAGUUAAGGGCUAUCAACAGAAGACUCUACUAAACAACUCGCUGUAUGAAGGGCUAUUACCAUUGUUCUCCCCUUCUCUUUUAUUUGUUUUGCUCACAAUCUGGGCUUUAUUAUCUCCCUGUAACAUUCUGGACAGACAACCAAGGCUGUUCUUAUGGAUGGUUGGUGUGCUUUUCUCCAAUGUAACGUGCAGGGUUAUCAUAUGCCAGAUGAGUAACACCAAGUCAGAAUGUUUCCACUGGCUUCUCUGGCCACUGGCUCUUGUGGUUGGCCUGGCUGUCUCUGGAUAUCUUGGGACAAUGGAAGAACCGACCUUGAUUGCAGUCACAGCUGGUGCUACGAUAGCACAUGUACAUUAUGGAGUAUGUGUGGGAAAGCAGCUUAGCAAACACUUCCAUAUCUAUGUUUUCUCCCUAAAGAAGCGGUAUGCUGACUAA